UCGUCUCUGGUUACAAACCAAACACACCCCUAGUUAGCUAUCUGCAAAGCAGCAUUUAUUUUGCAUGCCGCAAGAAGUGAAUACAAGUUAGCUAGGCUAGCUAGUUAUCUGUUUAAUUGCUUCAGUGAUGGCUGAAUCUCAUUUAGGUUUGGCAUAUCAGCAUGUCCCCCCUGACAAAACACCAGUUCAGGUGCUUCACGAGUAUGGGACUAAAACCGGCAGCCAACCGGCGUACACCGUCGAGCGGGCGGACGGAGAGGCGCAUCAGCCGUCGUUCGUGCUCAGGGUUACGGUCGGAGACAUCACCUGUACAGGGCAGGGGACCAGUAAAAAAGCUGCCAAACAUGAGGCUGCAGAAGCUGCGUUGAAACUACUGCAGUUAAACGCUGAAAAUAGCCCUCCGGAUCAGAGGCUUGAAAAUGGUGGCGGAUCUGACUCGAACGACCAGCGUAAUCCUGUGGGAGUACUGCAGGAGCUAGCAAUGCGGAGAGCUUGGCGUCUGCCAGAAUAUGUAGUAUGUAUGGAAGCAGGUCCAGAUCAUAAGAAAGAAUUCACAGUUAUCUGCAGAUUAGAGACACUCACUGAGACAGGUAUAGGGAAUUCUAAAAAGAAUGCGAAGAAAGUAGCAGCAGAAAAAAUGUUGGAAAAGCUACAAAGUCUCUCAGGGUCUCCAGAGAUUACGUGGAAUCCAAAGCCGCGUGUGUACCUGGAGAGUUUGAGGAGCUCAAAGCUGGAGAAGAUUUCUUUACUGAGGAGGAACCCCCUCAGUAUCCCAAACACAGACUAUGUGCAGAUGAUUCUGGAACUCUCUGAGGAACACGGCUUUGAGGUCACAUACUUUGACAUUGAUGAGCUUACGGUAAAUGGGCAGUACCAGUGUUUGGCGGAGCUCUCAACCACACCGCUCACUGUGUGUCACGGCACGGGAAUCUCCUGCAGCAAUGCACACAACGAUGCAGCUCACAAUGCCCUGCAGUACAUCAGGAUCAUGACCGCCACCAAAUAAACAGUACAGAAACUGUGAGAAUGAGAGACAGCGCUGAAUUAGAGGUGAGAUGGAGACACAUUUACUGGGGCUAUGAAGUAUAGUAGGUCUUUAAUGAUGGGAUGUUUUAUGAACUUGAGUUGUUACCAACAGCACUCAAAUGCUUUUAUAAAGGCUUUAUGCAACUGGAUUCAGUAGUUACUGAAUUCAUGUAAGAAAUAUUUUAAGUGAGCUGCUACCAAACUGAAGUAAUUAAUUGAGUGCUGCCAGUUAGAUCUGUAUGGUUUGUGUGACAUUUACCAUAGAAAAUGUUCACAAAAUAAAGAUUUGUGUGUACAUAUAUCCAUCCACUCAGUAUAGCAGUCUAAGGGAUUCUCAAAGAUGAAUAAAUUAUUUUAUAUGUAGCCCAGAUUUCACUUUGUUGGUUAGAACUUCGACAGUAGCUAACACCAUCCACUACCUGCUAGCAUCGUAGAAAUGGAACACUAUGAACAUCCUUUGCUAUUCAAGACUUUAGCAGUUUGGACAAUCGUUCCCAAUUCCCACCAACAGAGAGUCAUUUCACCUGAUGGAAAUGUUCAUAAUAUUAAAAAUCUACAGAAGAAGUAGGCAGUCCUGUCCAUCAGGGGGUUACUUACUUGUUUAAUAGGCCAGUGUGAGUCAUCAAGCAGCCGAUUAGUUGUACUGAGUGAGCUACUGUUUGGUUAUACCAAGCACCCAAGUCUUUUUGAAUGAAAAAAAUUAGGGGAUUUUAUGUGACGUCAAGGAUUUAUUUUAUUAUUUGUUUUGUGAUGUGUAACAUGUGACUUGGAUUUGAUUCAUUUUAAGUAUAUUUUUUAUGUGUAUUUAUUUUUCAGCAUAUUCAUGAUGUAAUAAUAAAACCAAAUAAGUAAUCUUUAUUUUUGUAGUGCAAGUCACAAUUAUACAUAUCCACUGGCAUUUACAAAUUAAACUAAUUUGCAACUGCGUAUGCAACUGUCAUAUCCCACCUCAGCAUGUAGAUGUAUGUUGUAUAUGCUUAGAUAUUUAAACUCUUCAAAUUAAAUUUAAAUAAAAGCUAAAUAUGCUGACUGUA